UAAAAAAAAAAACCGACGAAGGAGUCGUGCAACCUUAAUUUUCUGAUUCACUCUCUCUCUCAUUGUUGUCGUCUUCAUAUGUUUUAGGUAUGUAUGUGAAAUUCAAACCUAUGUCGUUUUUAUCUUUUUUUACGCUUCCGUUACUGCGUUUUGCUCUUCAACCCUAGUUCAUCUGCAUCCUUCAAUUUCCUCUCCAAGAUCAAACCUUUUUCACACAUUCAAACCCAAUUCUAUAUUGUUCACUGAGAUUUACUUGUUUUCUAUCAGCUUCACUUCAUUUUUUUUCCUUUCUGUGAUUUCUAUUAGCUUCAGUUCCACUCUGAUCUGUGCAAAUUUUAGUCUUCAAGGAAAGGGGAAAACAUAAGUGUUUCCUCCAUUUAGCAAAUAGGUUGUUUGUUAAGCAAACUUCUAUGUCGCUUAUCUUUUCCAGCUAAUGCUUGAUAAUGUGGAUAAUAUUCAUCAUUUCAUCGACUCAACUUGGAGACUAUGCACUGUUGUAGGUGGUUGGUUUUCUGGUUUAAUUUCAAAACCUUGCAGAAAAGUGGUUGGCUCAGCAUUUGAUGGUUCUAUUUUGGCCGAGGAAAGAGAAAAUUAUUAUCUAGAUUCCAUGGACCAGUGUAUAUAUAUUAGUUCGUCGGAUGAUGAGUUGGAGGAGAUCGAAGAUCCCAGAAGGCUUCUCCCAAAAUGGGCUGGUUCUGAAAGGAAUUCAGAUUCAAGAAGGGCAAAUAAUUCAAACGCGAGCUCUUCUAACAUUUUUAAUCAUUCACAAGUUACGCCUCAUAAUCAACCUGGUCCCAGCAAUGGAAGCACAAGUCAGCAUCAGACAGUAAAUUCCCGAAUUUCUAAUACUAAUGGUGCCAAUUAUGAGAAAAUGUCAUCUCAACAAGCUUUCAACAGGACUCUUCCAUCAUCUUUUCAAUCAUCUGCAACAAGGUCUCUUCCACCUUCGUCAUUUGCACCUAAUAACAGAUCAAACAAUUUAAGCAGCAGCCAACAUAAUGAUCCAUACCGGAGUCGCCACCAUGGCGUAGGACCUAACACGUCCAGUGAGAAGGGCUUUUUUCGUGACAAUUUUGGCAGAGGCAAUGAUGGAGAUCGUUUCAUGAAUCAGAAUGGAGGGAUCAGGUCUCUUCCUCCUUCUUUGAUGCAUGGAAAGGCUGUAGCUCCACCAUUUGCCAGUUCUAGUGAAUCUGCAUACCAUGCUGGAGCAGGUGAUGAAAGGGCUUCUACAGCUGAUGAGAGGCUAAUUUAUGAAGCAGCAUUACAGGAUCUCAGUCAACCCUUAAAAGAAGCCGAUUUACCUGCUGGUAUAAUGUCUGUCCCGCUUAUGAGACAUCAGAAAAUUGCAUUGGCUUGGAUGCUUCAGAGGGAAAACAGGAGUUUGCAUUGCUUGGGGGGGAUUUUGGCUGAUGAUCAGGGCCUUGGAAAGACAAUUUCAACGAUAGCUCUCAUCCUAAUGCAACGGCAAUCACAGUCAAAAUGGAAAACAGCUGACACAUGCAACCAUAAAGCUGAAGCCUUGAAUUUGGAUGAUGAUGAUGAUAAUGGUUGUAUUGAUGUGGAAAAGAUUAAAAAUGAGGAAGAACCCAGUGAUAUAAAACCAAUUACUGAAGCGAGCAGUUCAACACGGGCCCCAGGUAGGCAAAGGCCAGCUGCUGGUACACUGGUUGUCUGCCCUGCAAGUGUUCUUCGGCAGUGGGCCAGAGAGCUUGAUGAGAAAGUUGGAGAUGAAAAGCUCUCUGUUUUGAUUUUUCAUGGGGGCAGUAGGACAAAGGAUCCUGUUGAACUUGCAAAAUAUGAUGUUGUUCUCACAACAUACUCUCUUGUGACUAAUGAAGUUCCCAAGCAACAGUUAGUUGAUGAGGAGGAUAUUGAUGAAAAAGAUGGGGACAAGUUUGGUUUAUCCUCCGAUUUUUCUGUUGGUAAAAAGAGGAAAAAGACAUAUAAUGGAAGUAAGAAGGGUAAAAAAGGUAGAAAGGGAAUAGACAGUUCUUCUUUCGAUUGUGCUUCUGGUGCUCUUGGAAAAGUUGGUUGGUUUAGGGUUAUUCUAGAUGAAGCUCAAACGAUAAAGAAUCAUAGGACUCAGAUGGCCAGAGCUUGCUCCAGCCUUAGGGCCAAAAGAAGGUGGUGCUUGUCUGGCACACCUAUUCAGAAUACUAUUGAUGAUUUAUAUAGCUACUUUAGGUUCCUGAAGUAUGAACCUUAUGCUGAGUAUAAAUCAUUCUACAAUACAAUAAAAGUCCCAAUAUCCAGAAAUUCAAUUCAAGGUUACAAAAAACUUCAAGUAGUUUUGAGGGCCAUAAUGCUUCGUCGUACAAAAGGAACUUUGCUUGAUGGCAAGCCGAUAAUCACUUUACCUCCUAAAACAAUUAAUCUGAGUAAGGUGGAUUUCUCCUAUGAGGAGCGGGCCUUCUACAAGAAGUUGGAAGCUGAUUCACGUUCUCAAUUUAAGGCAUAUGCGGCUGCUGGCACAGUAAAUCAAAACUAUGCAAAUAUCCUUUUAAUGCUUUUACGUCUCCGUCAGGCUUGUGAUCACCCACUUCUUGUUAAAGAAUAUAGUUCUGAUCCUGUUGGGAAAGAUUCUGUUGAAAUGGCAAAAAAACUUCCAAAGGAGAUGCUGAUCAAUCUGUUUAAUAGUCUGGAAACAACUUCCGCUAUAUGUUGUGUCUGCAAUGAUCCACCCGAUGACUCUGUUAUUUCGAUGUGUGGCCAUGUCUUCUGUUAUCAAUGCGUAUCAGAACAUUUGACAGGUGAUGAUAAUAUGUGCCCGGCAGUUCAUUGUAAAGAACAACUCGGUGAAGAUCUUGUUUUCUCCAAAGCAACUUUGAGGAGUUGCAUCUCUGAUGAUCUUGGUGGCAGUAGUUCUGGAAAUUCGAGUCUUGUUGAUUAUUCACUAGUACAGAACAGUGACUACAGCUCAUCUAAAAUCAAAGCUGUCCUUGAGGUUCUGCAGUCAAAUUGCAAAUUGAAGACUCCUUUACUGAAUUCCUCCGAAGGAAAUAGAGAUUCACUGCCUUCUGAUGAUUCAGAUAUUGAAGAUUUUGAUUCAGAUGUAAAGGUUAUAAAACACACAACAAGAUAUUCAGAGUGCACAACUGGAGGACCGCUAAAGGCUAUAAUUUUUUCUCAGUGGACUAGUAUGUUGGACUUAGUUGAAACGUCAAUGGAACAGGCUGGCGUAAAAUACAGGAGACUUGAUGGUAGGAUGACUCUGACUGCGAGGGACAGAGCUGUUAAGGAUUUCAAUACUGAUCCUGAGAUUACUGUUAUGCUGAUGUCACUGAAAGCAGGAAACCUUGGUUUGAAUAUGGUUGCUGCAUGUCAUGUUAUUCUUUUGGAUCUUUGGUGGAAUCCAACUACUGAAGAUCAAGCUAUUGACCGAGCUCAUAGAAUUGGACAGACUCGUCCUGUUACUGUGACACGGAUCACCAUUAAAGAUACAGUUGAAGAUAGAAUACUGGCUCUUCAGGAUGAAAAGAGAAAAAUGGUUGCAUCCGCUUUUGGUGAAGACCAUGCUGGUGGCUCUGGAGCUAGGCUUACUGUUGAUGAUCUGAAAUAUCUUUUCAUGGUCUAGAAAGAUCCUUGCUUUCCGUGGUAUGGAUGGUGUUAGUACUUCAAAUUUUGCUUUCGAUAGCUUGGCGUGUAGUUAUGAAGGUGUAUGACUGUUUUUAUCAUUGGAUACUGACAUUUGUUGCUCAAGUUACCUGGUGAGGGUUGGUUGAUCUAUGCAGUAACUCAUCUGUUUUGAAAGCCCACAAGGGCAUUUUUGUCCCACCCAACUGCUAGGUAGCUUAAGCUGUAAAUAUGCUCUAAUUAAAUUACAUGGUUUAGGAUGGUAUUACCUUGGUUUAAUGUACUUUCUUCUUUUAUACCGUACUACAAAUUUUCUUUAUUAUAUUCUACUCUGCAUGGAAAGCAAGGAUAGGCUGUUAAGGUGGUCCCUUUAGAAUUAUUGAUCAUACUGUGGAUUGGAACUAAGCUUCCAUGGCAUGCGUAUCAUACUACCCUCAGCCCUGGUCAAAUCUGACCACUACAAUGUGAGUUCAUACUUUAGAACAAACCCUUAAGUUAAAUAUAAAACAUAUUUCUAUUUGUAAUUGAAAUUUAUUAGAAGUUA